AUGUCCCUAGAAAAUAUAUUUGCGGAAUUGAAACAAGUGGAAACGCAUGAUGAAAUAAGGAAAAUGGAAGAUUUAAUUGAAGCCAUGCAGGAAACCGAAACAGGAAUAAACUUUAAAUCUCAAAAAGUUUUUCUUACAACUAUUCCUGCUGCAGUUUCUGGAGACAACCUAAUUUCUUGGAUUGAAAAUCACCUGAGAAUCGAAGAUUCCCAGGAGGCCUCACAUAUUGCAAAUGUUUUGCUGCUAUAUGGUUACGUAUAUCCGUUGACUGAUUACAAGUCUUCCCUGGUCAAAGAUGACCCAACCGCCUUUUAUAGGUUUCAGGCACCAUAUUAUUGGAUUUCCAAAACCCCUAAACCUGAUCCAAUGGACUAUGCUAUUUACUUGGUAAAGCGUACUUUGCGCAAACGCCCGAAGUAUGCCCUCGAGGAUUAUGAACAAUCAGCCUUACAUCGAUUGCAAAAUAUGCUCGCACAGAAGUGGGAAUUUAUUUGCAUGCAAGCUGCUGACCAAAUGAGGCUUUAUAAGGACAAGCGCAAAAGUGAUCAAAUAGUUCUUGAAGCACAGGUUGGUGCCUUUGUUGAUAUAGAUAUGUCAACAAAUUUUUUGGCCAAUUGCAUAGAGAGGGCGUUUUGGCGCGUUCACCACCCACCGCCAAGCAGGCUUAGCUGUUUUAAAGAGGGUCUACCACUUCAGCACCGCCCAUCCGAUUCUUGCCUUUUGGCCAGACAGCAGCAGUGUAGACAGCAGCCACCACCGCUGCAAUCUCAUUCUCAUUUACGCAUAAGCAACAAGAAAUCCACUGAAAAUAUCCUGCUGUUCACAGCUAACAGAAGCUCCUACGAUUGGUUUCUCAGCGACUUGCAUAGUUCCAGCUCCACGAUGUCAGCCACUGCUUGGUUGAGUCAGCCAGGAAGCAUUGAGCAGUCGCCGUGUCAGCCACUGGUCACUCUUCCCACCUGUGACUCGCUGCUCACCUCAUUUCCUCUCGGGUCCCGUCUCAGCAUCAGCAGUAGUGGUACUGUCACUGAAUCCACUCCCUAUCCCACGGUAAAUCAGGCAACAUUUACCUCUAAUGGACCUUGCUUCUCCUCCACGUUGUCUUUCAAAAGCAACGCUGGGGUUGUCCACGUCUACAUCAGUGCGAAGUUAGUGCGUCUUUGGGCGACAAGUUUUGACAACCUCCUCUGGGACCCAAAAGGUUGCCAAGCCUUCAAGGCCUUCCUCGAAAAGGAAUUCAGCUCGGAAAAUCUCCGUUUUUGGCUCACAGUGAAUGCCUACCAAUUCACCCCCAUAUCGAAUCUCAGGGCGGCGGGAAAGCGCAUUUUUGAUGAAUUCCUCGCACCAAACGCCCCGUCCGAAAUCAACAUAGACUGCACCACACGUGCAGCAACGGCCGAGGCCGUAAAGGUUAUUGGUCUAGUUUAUUUUUUGUGGGGGGGAAAUCCACAUUCUGACCCCGCGUUUUUACCUAACCAACAUACAAAUCCCUCAUGGUUUGUUUUCCUGGAAGCGAAACAGCACAUCUACAAGUUAAUGAAAUCGGAUUCAUACGUGCGCUUUCUUCGUUCCGAUGACUACUCCGCCGUUCUCCGAGUGGUUCUCGCCAACCAACACAGCGGGCACAGCAGACGUUCCACGGUUAAACCCUCGCUAGCUACUUCUGUCCCCUCUGCAGCCGAAGACAGCGGCCUCGCAGUCUCGUCCUCAUUAUCUCAGAAACAGCGCUGUUCUAACUGA